AGGGGCUGGGAGGGGGUCGGUGUGUGAGGACAGAAGUCAAAGAGCGACUUUGCAAGAGAAAGAACAUCUGCAAACAAGAUGCUGUUCCUGCAACUUGUGCUGUUGGCGGUUCUCCUCCCAGGGGGUGACAGCGAAGAUGACUUCCAGGACCCAAUCUCCUUCCGAAUUAUCCUGACCACAUCCUUUUACAACCAUUCCUGGACGCAGAAUCAAGGCUCAGCUUGGCUGGAUGAGCUGCAGACUCAUGGCUGGAACCCCAAGACUGGUAUUUUCACUUACCUGAAGCCUUGGUCCAAGAGCAACUUCAGCAAUGAGGAGCUGAAGGAACAAGAAAGGAGCUUGCAUUUAGCCUUCACUGGAUUUCCUUCAAUAUUUCAUAAGCAUGUCAGCCAAUGGCAGCUUGAGUAUCCCUUUCAGGUACAAGUAGUCAAAGGCUGUGAGCUGCAUUUUGGGAAAGUUUUAGAGUGCUACUUGCGGAUGGCUUAUCAAGGAUCUGAUCUCCUGAGCUUCCAGAAUACGUCAUGGUGGCCAUCUCCAGAGGGAGGAAGUAGGGCUCAAAUGGUCUGCAAACUAUUAAAUCAGUACCACGUGGUCAAUAAAAUAGUACACGUGCACAUCAGUAACAUCAUCCCCCGCUUCUUCUUGGGUCUUCUCGACGCAGGGAAGGCGGAUCUCCAGCAACAAGUGAGGCCCGAGGCCUGGCUGUCCGCUCGCCCCAGCCCCGGGCCUGGCUGUCUGCAGCUGGUGUGCCACGUCUCCGGUUUCUACCCCAAGCCUGUGUGGGUGAUGUGGAUGCGGGGCGAGCAGGAGGAGACAGGCUCCCAGCGAGGUGACGUCCUGCCCCAUGCUGACGGCACGUGGUACCUUCAGGUGUCCUUGGAUGUGAAAGCCAAGGAGGCAGCUGGCCUGUCCUGCCGUGUGAGACACAGCAGUCUAGGAGGCCAGGACAUGGUCCUCCACUGGGAGCGGCCCCCUUCCAUGGGCUUGGUCUUCCUGGUCGUGAUCGUACCCCUGGUGCUCCUGGCAGGCCUGGCGUGGUGGCUCUGGAAGCGCUGGAAAGCCCAUUAGAGACCUCAGUGCACGGACUUCCCUUCGGAGCGAGAUCCCAGCCACCCAGGCCCCAGGACCUAAACCCAGCUCAGCACUGAUGUCCUGGCCACUCCCCGUGCGCAACUCUGUGUUCAUUUCUUCUUAAUGAUCAGUUGUCAAUAUAAGCUAAGCAUCAUUUAGUGAGUUUUGUUGUUCUGACUUAAUUCUGGAAUUUAAAUCUCAAAUUUAUCUCUGAAUGGAAUGAUGUUCCAGCGCCUACAUGGAUCGAGAGACAUCAAAUGUCAUGUCCUCCAGAGGGCCCUCCCUGAUUCACAAGUAGAAGCAGUCUCUGCCUGUUGAGAAUCUCUACCCCCUUUUCCUGACCUUUUGUAAAUCUGUGUUUCCCAGCCCACUCCUCAUUACCUCCAGUUAUGUUCCUUUUCUCCUCUAAUAUUAGGAUUCUUUUUUUAAUAAUAUAUUUAUUUUUAUUGGUGUUCAAUUUGCCAACAUACAGAAUAACACCCAGUGCAAUAUUAGGAUUCUUUUUUUUUUAAUAUUAGGAUUCUUAAGAACUAAGUCCACGUCUUUUUAGUAUUUGUAUUCUUGGCGAGGUGUCUCACUACAUGGCAU